AUCACAUCAGAGGUGGGGAAUUUGACUGUACAGAUGUCUGAAAUAAGCAGUCCCUUUGUUCAUUGCCCCCAGUCUAUGGUUCUCAUCAUGCAGAGAACUUUAUAUUUAUAGUGGGAGGCCUGGGUCUAGAUCAGAAUUGCAGAGUCUUCACUGACAACACAACUCAAGCCAGUAGAAAUUUAAUGUUGGACUCAUGUGGUGAUUUUUAAAAAUUGAGGCUGUAUUUAAAAAUUGAGAGAUAUCAUAGACCUCUGGUUUGACCUACCUACACUGUCACAAGCCAGUUUACUAGAGAAGUCAUUGCCCCUUUAAAUAGAGCAUGUACUGUUCAGUUUUCCACAGUCCCCACCAUUCUCUCUUGUCUCUCCUAUUGUACCUCUAUUGUAUCUUCAUUCACUGCUUGUUUGCUGCCUUCCUUGCUUCUGUAGGCAUCUGAGUUGAGGUCUCUGACUUACCUGAACCCAAAAGUACUAUCUGAGUCUACCAUCCUGUGAUCCUAGAGCCUACCAAUUACCUUUCCUGUACUUAAGAGUUAAUCAUCAGCUUCUUCUUAUGUAAAUUAGAACAGGAAAGUCUUGCUUGGCUAAUUCCUUCAAAAAUCUUAGUCUGAUGCUCUUAUUCUUCACCGAGCCUGUGUCCUGUGUCUGCCUGCUCAAUACUUGUCUCCUUUUUUUUGUCCCUGACUGAAGAUCCCUGAGGCCAGCUGUAGUUGUGGAUGUCCAGGGAGUUCAGGAGGUCCAGCCAGAUGAGUACAGAGUGGGUGCACCCAGGCCAGACCCUGAUCUGGGCUGUUUGGGUCCUUGCAGCCACCACUGAGGAGUCAGCCAUGGAUGCACCAGUGAGGAACACCAGGCUGGGAUGGGUCCGGGGGAAGCAAGCUACUGUGCUGGGAAACGACAAGCCUGUGAACAUAUUCCUUGGGAUCCCUUAUGCUGCACCCCCUGUGGGACCCCUACGAUUUGCAAAGCCAAAGCCUGCAUUGCCCUGGAAUGAUUUCCUCAAUGCUACAUCCUACCCUAAAUUGUGCCUCCAGAACUCGGAGUGGCUGUUCUUAGAUCAACACAUUCUCAAGGUGCAUUACCCCAAAUUUGGAAUGUCGGAAGACUGCCUGUACCUUAACAUCCAUGCACCGGCCCACGCAGACACUGGCUCCAAGCUCCCUGUCAUGGUGUGGCUCCCUUGGGGUGGCUUUGAGACUGGCUCAGCAUCCAUCUUUGAUGGGUCUGCCCUGGCUGCCUACGAGGAUGUGCUGGUUGUGACUAUCCAGUACCGACUAGGAAUGUUCGGCUUCUUCAAGUGAUGGGACAAGCACGCCCUGGGGAACUGGGCCUUCAUGGACCAGGUGGCUGCCCUGACCUGGGUCCAGGAGAACAUCAAGUUCUUUGGUGGGGAUCCACACUACGUGACCAUCUUCGGCGAGUCAGCUGGAGCCAUAAGUGUUUCCAGUCUUAUUCUGAGCCCCAUGGCCAAAGGCUUAUUCCACAGAGCCAUCAUGGAGAGUGGAGUGGCCAUCAUCCCUUACCUGAAGGCCCCUGAUUACGAGAGGAAUGAGGAUUUGCAGAUGAUUGCCAAAAUCUGUGGCUGCAGUGUGUCAGACUCCGUGGCCUUGCUGCAAUGCCUACGAGCAAAAUCAUCCAAGGAAUUGCUGAGCAUCAAUCAGGAAACUAAGGCUUUCACUCGAGUGGUUGAUGGCUUUUUCUUUCCUCAUGAGCCUAUAGAACUAUUGACUCAAAAAUCAUUUAAGCCAGUUCCUUCUAUCAUCGGCGUCAAUAACCAUGAGUGUGGCUUCCUGCUGCCUAUGAAAGAGUUUCCUGAGGUCCUCAGGGGCUCCAACAAAUCCUUAGUCCUGCAGUUGAUGCACUCAAUUCUGCACGUUCCUGUACAGUAUUUAUACCUUGUGGCUAAUGAAUAUUUCCACAACAAGCACUCUCUAAUUGAUAUACGAAAUCGCUUUCUGGAUUUACUUGGAGAUGUGUUCUUUGUGGUGCCUGGGCUGGUCACAGCUCAAUAUCACAGAGAUGCAGGUGCACCUGUCUAUUUCUACGAGUUUCAGCAUCGCCCCCAGUGCUUAAAGGACAGGAAGCCGGCUUUUGUCAAAGCUGAUCACACAGAUGAAAUCCGUUUUGUCUUUGGAGGUGCCUUCCUGAAGGGCGACAUUGUCAUGUUUGAAGGAGCCACAGAGGAAGAGAAAUGGCUGAGCAGGAAGAUGAUGAGAUACUGGGCUAACUUUGCCCGGAGCGGGGAUCCUAAUGGGGAAGGCCUGCCUCUGUGGCCGGCCUAUGGUCAGACCGAGGAAUACCUGCAGCUGAAUUUGAACUUGAGUGUGGGACAGAGGCUGAAGGAGCUGGAGCUAGAGUUCUGGACAGACACCAUUCCCCUGGUGAUGUCUUCGUCCAGAGUGCUCCUCGCUCCUCUUUCUUCCUUUAUCUUCCUUUCUCUGUUCCUGCCUUUCUUUUUCUCUCUGGUUCCUUGAGGAGUUUUCUUUGUGUGAUAUUGGUUUUCCUUCUCCUUCUGAGAUUUCUUCCACUAUUAUUAACUUUAUCUGUGUUUAGCUACUUAUAGAAUCAGCUGAUUUAGCAUCUGAUGUUUUGGGGAUGUGGAGAUGAUCCUAGCGAAAUAUUUUCAACAUCAAAAAAUGCAAUUGCCUUGGAAGUCACCAGCUUUCUUCCAUAAGUCUACAAGAGGGAUGGCUUAUUAGCAAGCAUCACAAUGAUCUUGUUAUUCAUAUAAAAUAAAAGAAGAAUGCAAAAUAUA